GUGCGGCGGCGGGACGACGGUGGCGACGGGCCCGCAGGUGGCGACGGGGCCGCAGGUGGCGGCGGGGCCGCAGGUGGCGGCGGGGCCGCAGGUGGCGGCGGGGCCGCAGGUGGCGGCGGGGCCGCAGGGUCGGCGGCGGGCCGCAGGUGGCGGCGGGCCGCAAGGUGGCGCGGGGCCGCAGGUGGCGGCGGGGCGCAGUGGCGGCGGGGCCGCAGGUGGGGUGGGCGGCGUGCCGCAGGUGGCGGCGGGGCCGCAGGGUGGCGGCGGGGAGCAGGUGGCGACAGGGCCGCAGGUGGCAACAGGGCCGUAG